CCGGUAAGCGAUCGUCAUUGGUCUCCGUGUGUAAACAUUCCGUUUCCGGUGUUGAUUAUUCUUCUGCCUUCAAUUUGUGAACGAUUCAACAUCAUGAUCCCUGGCGUGCAGCUCCCUUCCAUUUCAGUCCUUUCAACCCUCUUCUUUCUCCUUCUAACCUUUGACCUUUCUUUGGCUGACCAAUGGCGUCCAAGUAGCUUUGUAGCUGCUUGUGGUAAUGUUGAGCCUCCAUCCUGGCUCUGUGAUCCAGAAAACUUACUCGAUUAUGCAGAUGGACAUGUUAUAGAUCAACUAGCAUCCAUCAACACUAACAACUCAGUUGGAGAGAUUUACCUGGACUAUGUUUACUAUUAUGGCUAUGUGAUAGCAGCCUCUGUAGUAGAAUCAGUGGUCGAAGACUUGGAUGACCCUUCAUCGAGUGAAACUCUGUUUGGGAAAGCCGUGCAGAAUAGCUGGUUUGGUGGAAGAGUCUGUGAUAAUUCAACGAUGAUUUUGGCUUCUCUUAACACAUCCAGAGUCUGGGUGAUCCCAGGUGACUGCAUAGAGACCAGGUUACGAACCCACCACCGAGAUGUGUGUACCAAGAUCCGUAUCAAUGCAUCCAAUGUGACUGAUGGAGUGAUAGAGUGUAUCAACGAAGUGGAUGAUAUGCUGACUGAGGCACUCAAACCAUACGCCAAUGCACCAUGGGGUUAUGCAGGCAUGGUCGUCAUCUUGACCAUGCUGAUCUUUCAUUAUUGGAUCAAAUAUUGAAGAUUGUGCUCUAUAUUACCCUGUCCCCAAAGGAUUGCACGUAUGUGUGCAUGUUUGUGUGUGUGUGUGUGUGCGCGUUUGUGCAGAGAUAUAAUUAACCAGAUCUGAGUAACUAUAAGCAGGAAACGGGAGAAGCAUCAUCCACACUAUAUCACUCAUCAUCAAAUACAAAAGAAAUUAGGAUAUUCUAGUUGAAAUAAUGGUACAUAUAAGUAAAUUUUUCUUUGAAAAUUCAGCUGUGUAGUACAAGUUUCAUUAUUAGUACCCAGAGUGAAGUUAGGCUGCCUAACUUCAGCUUAAUAUGAUACUCAAGGCAUUCAAGGAAUUUCUCCCAAUAAGGCGCCAUUGCUAGACCUGGGUGAAGAGGGGUUAAUUUAGAUUAAUAUCUUGCCAAUGUACCAUACUUUUGCAAUAUAGAUUUAGUUCCAGAUAAGUCAGUUGUAGUCUGGCAGGCGAAAUUUCUGCUGGGCCAUGACACCCCACACAAUAACGAACAAGGUUGUUUUAAAUUUGAGUAAUGAAAAAAUUAGUUUUUAAAAAAAUUCUCAAAAAAGUAUAUAAUGCUAAAGUCUUCAUGUCAUGUCAAAGCCAUCACACACCUUAUUAUAAAAACCGAAGACAACUUAUUUUUAAAGAAACUGCAGUAAGAAUUCAAUUCAGAAGUCAGGCAAUUUCUUUCAAAGUCUAGUUGUAUAGAGUUUGUGAAGUAUGUGAUAGCUUCUACCUGGUGAUAGUUAAACAUUAUGGUUGAAAGCCAUCAGAGAUGCAUGGUUAAUUAGUUAAGGAGGAACAUUGUGUGAAACAUUAUAUGCAUGAUGAUUUAAACCUAGAAGCCUACAAGAAUGGAGUUGAAUAUUGCAAAAGAUACUGGUUUAUCUGUCUAAAUUAUGUGAUGUUUUAAAUGUGCCUGAAAAGCCUGUAUUACUGUUCCGAGGCGAACACUUUUUCCAAAUUAAAGAUGCAAUAAAUGCUGCCAAAGGGAGUCUUAUUUAAAUUGUGUAUUCUAACAAGUGAGCAAGUUUUUGAUAAUAAAGUUCAAAAUUAAUUGGUGUGAGCAUACAUAUUGUGUGCUGGUGAAAGAAUAUAUUACUUUAUCAAUGUGUGUGUGCAUGUCUUCAUUUUGUUUGCAUAUUUUCUUCAAAGUCACUAGGACCUUGCAUAUUUUUCUGACGAAAGUCACUUAUUUCUUUAUCAAUCUAAAAGAGGCUUAACAAAGUUUGGAAUGGGAAGAUAAAUAUAAGUGCUGUCUUUUCUUCGUACAUAUGUGUUUAUUUCAAAGUUAUUCAUUGAGUAUUCUGUAACACCGGUAAUACCGAUGUACCGGUAUUAUAAAGAGGAGGGAUAUAUACAAUCAUGGAAGUUUAGUAUUGAUGUCAUGACUUUCUCAGAUGUACUGCAAAUUUGAUAUUUCUUUUCUAUUCAAUAUUGGUGAAACAUUUUUGUAUAGUUUUUCCUUCAUUUGCUCAAAUCGUUUCUAUCCAUAUAGAGAUAAAUCAAAACUGGCAUGAAAUUUGCUGUAAUUCUCAAGAAAAACAAAGACACCAAUACAUGUAUCUCACUCAGUGCUGCAUAAGAGCACUGCAUCAUGUCAUUAACCAUAAUGAAUAGGACCUUAGUUAUAAGAUUUUUGUUUGCGUGUAUUGGUAGUGCCGAUGCUCUAAUUACUUUGAAAUGAAAUCAACUCUUUUGUGCAUUCCAUAUUAAUGUCAUCCAUUUCGGAGUAGAUUUGAAUGGUGGUGUAAAUAUUUGAUUGAGUUUCAUAAACCACCACUUAUGAAGGAAGUGGAACUGAUUUUGUGAUAACCUUGAAAUUUCUUCUACUCUGCAAAUACCACACACUUGACAAUUUUGUACCAUUUGUUUAGACAAAAAAUAGCUAAAAUAAACUGAAACAGUAUUGUGAAGUUUGCUCCCAUGUAAGUCAAUUUGUGUUAUUCAGAGAGCUUUAUUCAGAGAGCUUUAGUUGUAGAUGCUUUAUAUUAUACCCAGAUAUGUCACUCCCAAUAACCCACUGUUUCACAUGCUAUUAAGUUAGCUGAGCUACUUAAGAGGAGUUAAUUUUUAUAAAAUAAUUAAAUUAAAUACAAUUUGGUAAAUGAUUAGGCAUGAAAUAAUUUGAACCUACCUUUCAUUACAUUUAAAUUUAUUGAUGAUGUCAUAGUAAAUCGGAUAAAAAGUAUAGUAAGCAAGGAGACUAAUCCUUUUAUAAUUUAGUUUCUGAAUUUAAAGUAAUCAAGAUUCAGGAAUGCAUGUAUAUAUGAUUGAACUGUUUAAGAAUUAUUUUAUACCUGUGAUAAUUGAAUGCAAUACAGAAUAUAUUAUAUGGAUUUAUAUUUUUCAUGUGUACACGAAUUGGUGCUUGAUUUUGAAUAAAUCAUGAAAAGUAA